CCACUGCAAAAAAUGAAAACCGUCUAAUGUGGAACUAUUUCAGUUGCCUUUUGUUGCUGGGGGGCGUCAUAACCAGCGGAAUGGACAUGGUUUGUGGACAAAACAAGUCAGUUCUUCCUCCUAUUAUUUGUGAUUAAUUCCUUGAAGAAGUUGAGUCAUGAAUGGCCUGAAGUGCCAUUUGAAGAGAUUUGGUAGCAGUGAGACACCCCCUGUCAGAAUUCCAUCCCUUUAAUCCCAAAAUGCCUGGAAUGGUGGUUUUUGGUCGUCGCUGGGGAAUCGCCAGUGAUGACCUUGUUUUCCCUGGCUCAUUUGAACUCUUCGUCCGUGUAGUUUGGUGGAUUGGCACAAUGAUCCUGUACACCUACCACAAGGGUCAUUUUGACUGCAACGGGAAAGGUGUCCUUCACAUCUACCUGGUUGGACUGUUGGCGGUGCUGGCGCUCAUCAUCAUGUCGCUGUGUGUCAUUGUUUACGUCAGCGCUCAAGGUACCAUUACGAACCCUGGAGCACGGCGGUCCAUGCCUGCUCUGGUCUACCUGCGAGCUCUCCUGUACAUCCCCGAGUUUGUGUGGGCCUGUCUGGGAGCUGUCUGGGUGUCCGAUGACGGCAAAGGUUGCGACCCGGCGACGGUGGGUGCCGUCAUCGCAGCAGUGGUUGCCAGUUGGAUCAUCCUCCUCUUCACGGUUCUGGGUGUCAUAUUCGUCUUUGACCCGCUGGGCAACCCCCGCCCACUGCCCGCUGCCAUGGAGCCACUGGGAGUACGACACUUGGAGAGCAGCGGGGGAACUCAGUUCCUCUCCACAGCGCGCUCAAUCGCUGUCAAAGUGUGGGAGAGCAGGAUUCGACUGCUGUGCUGUUGCUUGCCGCAGGACGAAAGCCACAGAGCAGCCUUCUCCAGCAUUUCACAGCUCGUCAGUGGAUUCUUCUCAGACACAGACUUGGUUCCCAGUGACAUUGCCGCCGGUUUGGCUUUACUGCACCAGGAACAGGACAAGUUGGAGCGAAGCAGAGACCCCGAUGUCACCGUGGAUCACAGUCCAUCCUCUCCCAUUGAAGAAGAUCUGGAGGCAGAGUUGGAGAAAGCCGCCCACUGUAUGCAGUUUGCCGCUGCCGCCUACGGCUGGCCUUUGUACAUUUACUCCAACCUUCUCACCGGGCCCUGCAAACUCAGCGGAGACUGCUGUAGGAGUCGCGCGGCUGAGUAUGACAUUGUGGGGGGAGACCACAUGGGAUGUCACUUUUCCUCCAUCCUGCAAAGCACCGGACUGCAGUACAGGGACUUCAUUUAUGUCAGCUUCCACAAUCAGAUAUAUGAGAUACCCUUCUUUGUGGCUCUGGAUCAUAAGCGGGAGGCCAUUUUAGUGGCUGUCAGAGGAACACUAUCACUGAAGGAUGUCCUGACAGACCUUUCAGCUGAAUGCGAGAACCUCCCCAUAGACGGCGUGACUGGAGCCUGCUAUGCUCACAAAGGCAUCAGCCAGGCUGCAUCGUACAUUUACAGAAAGCUGGUCAACGAUGGAAUCCUGAACCAAGCUUUCUCCAUUGCACCAGACUAUAAACUGGUCAUCACUGGCCACAGCCUGGGUGCUGGUGCAGCAGCAGUUCUGGCCAUCCAAUUGCGGAACUCCUUCCCGACCCUGAAGUGUUAUGCCUUUUCUCCACCAGGGGGACUCCUGAGCAAAGCCUUAACUGACUACUCCAAGGACUUUGUGGUCUCAGUCGUUCUUGGAAAGGACCUGGUUCCACGAUUGAGUCUUCCCAAUAUGGAGGAUCUGAAACGAAAAAUACUCAAGAUCGUCUCAAAUUGCAAUAAACCCAAAUAUCGCAUCCUGCUGAAGGGAUGCUGGUAUGAACUGUUUGGAGGAGACCCAGACGACUUCCCUUCCGAGAUGGAGAACAAAAGGGAGCAGGAGCUGAGUCAGCCACUGCUUGGCGAGGAAUCACUUUUGAUCCGCCAUUCGACGUCCUAUCAGAGCUUGGCGUCGGACGAUUCUCCUGUCCACACUGCAACACAUUUGCCUCUUUUCUUGCCCGGGCGUGUUCUGCAUAUCACGGAAGACGGGCCAACACGCAGAUCAUGUAUAUCCCAGGUUCGUUACCGUGCCGAGUGGUCGAAUGAAAUGGCAUUCCGGAGUAUUUUAAUCAGUCCGAGGAUGCUUGCGGAUCACAUGCCCGACAUUGUGCUGCGAGCUCUCCACAGUCUGACCGGUGACAAGCCCUACUCCCUUGGCCAGGCCAACGUCAUCUGAAUGUAAUCGUAAAGAUGUUUUUUUCUUUUUUUUACACGCUCAUACUCUCUGUGCCCGAUCAUGCCCAUUUUUAGAUCAUACACCAGCAAAACUUUGGAAACUCCACUGUAGUUGCUGCACUUUUUAUGUUGCACUUUUAAUGAUUUAAAUAACGCUCCCUUUCCUUGUCCUGUGUUGCUCGGAGUUGUAACGGCUUGACUUGUGAAUGUGCGUUGUGUACAAUACUGUACAUACUGUAUGUGUGUGUGUGUGUGUGUGUGGUGUAUUGCUGCUGGAGGCGGGCCGCCCCCCCACCCUCUCUCUGAUCAAUAAGUGACUUCCUUAUUGGUUGGGAAUGAUCACUGAUGAGAAGUUAAUAGGUGUAACGUGAAAAUGUGUCGGGAUUGGUGUUGUCCUGUUCACAAUGAACAGUGUCUUUGAAACUGACAUGCCAUGUUUUUUCCCCCCCCCCAAAAAAACAAACAGCGUUGAAGUUUGAAUCGACUUUCACAUUCUAAACAUCUUGCAUUGAAGCAAAUAAAUGCUUUG